GCAGCUCUUCGUCGAGGGCGGGGAGAGGUGGCAUUUGAGUCCUCCGGUAUCCCAGCAGGCAGUGCAGCUUAGAGACGCUGACAAAGGACCGGAGGAGCAGUCGCAGCUGCUUUCCGAGGAGCCGGUGUUGCCGAGAGGGUAGGGGCAGAGGUAGAGGGAGAGAGAAUCUUAGAAAGGUUCCAUACCCGGCAAGGAGCCCAAGUUGGGGCUUGAUCCCACGCCCUUGAGAUCAUGACCUGAGAGCUGAAAUGAAGAGUCAGAUGCUUAACCAACUGAGCCACCCAGGUGCCCAUUAAACUCUAAUUUGUGAAAAGCAGUUAAGAAACUACAAGAAAAGCUUCCCCAUCCUGUAAUAGCCCAAUAAAAUUGCCAAAAUGCUUUGGAGUUUUUAACUAACUGACUUAAGGAAAGUCCAAAAUAGAUUUGAGACUGUAAAAACAGAAGCUGCAGCAAGGGGGAUUCAGAGCCAAUGCAUCAACAAAAAAGACAGCCAGAGUUAGUGGAAGGAAAUCUUCCCGUUUUUGUGUUUCCCACGGAGCUAAUAUUUUAUGCAGAUGACCAGUCAACACAUAAGCAAGUGUUGACGCUAUAUAAUCCCUAUGAGUUUGCCUUAAAGUUCAAAGUUUUGUGUACUACUCCAAAUAAGUAUGUUGUCGCUGAUGCUGCAGGUGCAGUAAAGCCUCAGUGUUGUGUGGAUAUUGUGAUUCGUCAUAGAGAUGUUCAGUCCUGUCACUAUGGCGUGAAAGACAAGUUCCGUCUCCAAGUGUCCGAACAGAGCCAGAGGAAGGCUUUAGGAAGGAAAGAGGUUGUGGCUAUUCUUCUCCCAUCUGCAAAAGAACAACAAAAGGAAGAAGAGGAAAAAAGAAUAAAGGAACAUUUAACUGAAAGUUUCUUUUUUGAGCAGUCCUUCCAACCAGAAAACAGAGCUGUCUCCUCAGGACCUAGUUUACUGACUGUCUUCCUGGGAGUGGUGUGCAUUGCGGCUUUGAUGCUUCCUACGCUGGGGGAUGUGGAAUCGCUGGUGCCUCUCUACCUCCACUUGAGUGUGAAUCAGAAAUUAGUGGCUGCUUAUAUCUUAGGUCUUAUCACAAUGGCUAUACUUAGAACCUGAGCAAGAAAUUCAGUUGACUUCUGAAGUAAAUUUAUCUUGCAAAUAAGAAUGUGGACUGCCUUUUAUCUCUCCUUCACUCCAUUAACAUGCUACAAACUAUUGAGUGAUUUAUAAGACUUGCAAAUGUAUAAUAUAUAUUUUAAAUUACUCUCUAAUUUUAUUGGAAGGACUCUAGCACAUUAUGUUACAGACAGCAAAGAUGCUUCUGAGUGACACCUAGGAAAUUAUCUGAAGAAAUUCUUUUUAUAUCUAAAGCUAUUGUGCAAAAGACUUUAAUUAAAACAUCUGCUAUUUUCUCACAUUUUUUUCUAAUUUAUCUUGAUUAUUAAGGUCAUAUGUCCUUCCAAGUGAAAGGCCUGAAAGAACAAACUGACCAGCCUAAACAUAAAAUGACAUUUAUUUCCUAAUUACAAACAUCAAUGUUACUAUGUAAAUUAUACCUUGUCUUCUGUCAUUAUAAACAGUUGCCAUGGUGUUUCUAAAAUAAGUUUUACAGUUAAUAUGUGGAGGGUAAAAAAAAAAAGCGUAAAGUACUGAGGGAUCAUGCUUAUCCUAUCCUAGGAUCUCACAGAAGACCAGACAUUCUUAAUUUAUCUGGUGAACUACAGAAUAGGUAGUGGUCCAGAUGCCAAGCAUGUGGGUUUUUUUUUCUUUAGCCCUCAUAAAAGUAGCAUGACUUCUCUAUUUGGUUUAAGAAUUUAAAAGGAAGGUAGGCAUUUAUUUAGUUGUUCGAUUCACCCUGGCUUUACCUCUGGAUCAUGCUUUAUGUUAAUAGGAAGAGAAAAAUCACUUAUUUCUUCCUAGCCCUUUUCCUGACUGUAAGCAACUAGCCCACACUGGGAUUACUAGAUGCUGGAUGUUUUAUGUGGAGAUGUUUUUCACCUUUAAACUCUAAGCCAAGUAUAGAAAAUCCUUGAUAUGUGUCUAUUUUAUAUUAGUCACUGAGACAUUUUUUAAGUUUAUAUUUAUUAAAACAACUUUACCAAAAAAAGUCCCCAAAGCACAACUAUUUACAUUUCUUUAUAGCCUCUUCUGAUCUUUAACAUAAAUAUGCAGUUUUAACUGUUAUUGUCAUAAUAACUGAUCUUUUGACUUAGGAUUUUUAUCUGAGAGCACAAUGCGUUGAGUCUCUUGAAAAUCAUCUUUCAGAUCUUUUUAUAGAACGAACUUAUGCACUGCUACUGUAGUGUUCUCAAGGAAUAUACAUAAACAUAAUAUAUAUGCCUGAGGUUUGUUUUUGCAGGAAAAUAGUGCUUUAGCUUUGAAAGUAAAAGCUUUUAUGUAUACUCUUUCAUAGAAAAUCCUCAUUGUUUACCAAUUUGGGGAGGAUGAAUCAUUAAAUGGAUCAUGUCUGUACAUUGUGUAAUGACUGAAGAGCACAGAAAUGUAAUCUAUUUUAAACUUUGUAAAAAAAUAUGUUUGGAGGCUA